CAGCAGGAAAAUGUUGAGCAAGAGGAUAAACACAGAACAUUAUCGCAAAGAUCAAAAAGGAAUGUGUCCAGGAAUCAUGAGUGUGGAAACUCCUGUGAGAUUCAGCACAGACCAGAAAGAGAGCAGAGAAACCAUACAGGGGAAAAAGUGGGAAAAUAUAUUUCAUGUCGGGGAACUCAGGAGGACCUCAAUGAAACUACAACCCAGCAGGAAAUCCUCAUGGGAAAGAGAAAAAAAACAUGCACUGAGGGAGGGAAAAAUUUAUAUCACUACUCAGUCCUCAUAAAGCAUCGGAGAAUCCACACAGGAGAGAGGCCCUUUGAAUGCAGUGAGUGUGGGAAAAGCUUCAAUCGCAGCUCGCACCUUAUUAGGCAUCAGAGAAUCCAUGCAGGGGAGAGGCCCUAUGAAUGCAGUGAGUGUGGGAAAAGCUUUAAUCGCAGCUCGCACCUUAUUAGGCAUCAGAUAAUCCACACAGGGGAGAGACCCUAUCAAUGCAGUGAUUGUGGGAAAAGCUUCACUAGCAGCUCAGCCCUUUCUGAUCAUCAGAAAAUCCACACAGGGGAGAGACCCUAUCAAUGCAGUGAGUGUGGGAAAAACUUCACUCACAGAUCAGGCUUUUUUCGCCAUCAGAAAAUCCACACAGGGGAGAGGCCAUAUGAAUGCAGUGAGUGUGGGAAAAGCUUUAAUCGCAGCUCACACCUUGUUAGGCAUCAGAUAAUCCACAAAGGGGAGAGACCCUAUAAAUGCAGUGAUUGUGGGAAAAGCUUCACUAGCAGCUCAGCCCUUUCUGAACACCACAAAAUCCACACAGGGGAGAGGCCCUAUCAGUGCAGUGACUGUGGAAAAACCUUCAAUCGCAGCUCAAACCUUUUUACCCAUCAGAGAAUUCACACGGGGGAAAGGCCCUAUGAAUGCAGUGAGUGUGGGAAUACCUUC